AUGAGACCGAAUUCAGAGGCUGAUGGCUCCGAGAACAAAAGAGAAGGACUUAAGUACAUAACCCAAGCUGUAUUUCAGCUGCUCAGAGAGAACAGAGCAUGUACAUAUUCGUUCAUAUGCAAGAAUAUUGCAUUUCCCAAUGCUGAGACUCUAAACAGAAGAAUAUACGACGUCUUAAACGUAAUGAAAGCAGUGGGCCUUGUUUCCAAGAAAGGUAAAAGAUACUUUAUAGUGGACCAUGAGAACGAUGCCAAUAGAAGGAGGGAAGAGGCCAAAAAGCUGAUGGAAAUGAAGAAAGUGUUUAAGUUUAUUGUAAACAGGAAUUCAAGCAGAGAAGAUACUCAUCUUGAAAGAUUAUACUUGCCAUUUAUGGUUGUAAGCACAAAUAAAAAGGCAGACAUCCAUUGCGAGACCAAUGAAGAAAGGAAUUUCUUUGUAUUUAAGUCGAGUAAGCCCCUGAAGGUCAACGAAGAUCUGGACAUACUUCGCGAAAUAUAUGAGAAGGCUCAUUCCAGAGAGAGACCAAUCGACUUUUCAAUAGUGGACAGGCUAAGCAGCGAAAGAUUUGAGAACUUUGAGCAGAACGGUUACCAAAGAGAAGAGCUUGACCUCGAUCCGUUCUUUUUAAGCUUCUAA